AUGUUGACGAAUCAAGUCUCGGUACCUAUCGAGUUUCUGGUCUCCCCGUCCCCCAUAGCUACAAGAACAGGACUUGACUCACCUCUCGUUCGACGCACUCUACCUUGUCGUAGGUAGGUAGGUAGUAGAACGCGCGCUGAGUGCCCGGCCGCCGAUGACCCCGAGUCGGGUGCUUGCCGCGAUCAGGGGGUCGGCUUCGUGCGGCGAGAUGACGACGGUGCACUCCGAGGAUAUGUCGAGAACUUGUCCCGCUACGGUGAGCUGGCCAUGACCGCCGAAGUCCGUCACCCAUUCAGUCAUGCGGUCGGUUUGCCCGUCGGAGCGUCUCUUUUGGAAAAUGGUGGGACAGACUUGGGGCGAGCGCCGGACACCGUUCCCGUUGUCUCUGAAAGCGAGGAUGCGGGCCUUCAGGGUGGGACGAGCCACGACAUUAUCGAAGAGGAUCACGAGGUGGAUGCGUCCGGCCUCGAGGAUGGAGAAGAAGUGGGGAUGUGUUGUUGA